UACAUGCAGACAGACAGACAGACAGACGAACAGACAUACAGACAGAGGGUGUACGGUCGAACGGACAGACAAACAGACAGACGGUGUACGGUCGGACGGACACACAGACAGACCGUCAGGCAUGCAGAAACAAUACAGGCAGACAGACAGACGGACAGACUUACAGACAGACGGUGUACGGUCGGACGGACAGACAGACAGACAGACCGACAGGCAUGCAGAAACAGUACUGGCAAACAGACAGACAGACAAGCGGUGGACAGACGGACUGACAGACAGACGGUGUACGGUCGGACAGACACACAGACAGACCGACAGGCAUGCAGAAACAGUACAUGCAGACAGACAGACGGACAGACAUACAGUUAGACGGUGUACGGUCGGACAGACAGACAGACAGACAGACGGUGUACGGUCGGACGGACAGACAGACAGACAGACGGUGUACUGUCGGACGGACACACAGACAGACCGACAG